AUAUUCCAUCAGCAGCUGUCAGGUGAAUGUGUACCAAACAUUCAUGAGUUUCUGUUUACCGAUUCUGGGUUUAUUUAAGCACAAACGUUACUUGAUCUAUUUACAGAUAAUUUCAAGCUUGGCGGAGGGUGGAAUUACACGACAGACACACUCGAACUUGCAUUGUAUCAAUGUAAACGACAUCAGACAAAUCCUUCUAAACCACACCUGUUCAACGUCAACAACAACAAAUCAACAACUUCACAGAGUUCAUUCAGAUUCUAGUCAUUCAAAAAUGGCUUACGAUGUAAAACAAGCUGCCAUUGGAGUAGAAAUAAGAGGAAUAAACCUGAAUGAACCGGUGUCGGAGGAUUUGAUUAAGAGGUUUAAAGAGGACGUUCAUAAGCAUAGACUUCUAAUCUUCAAAGACCAGGGUGUUGUGGGAGGGGAACGCCAUGCGGAAAUAAGCAGCUGGUUUGGAGAGUUGGAAUCAACGUUCUACAAGCACCCUCGAUCCACCCAUCCUGAUGUGUUUCGGGUGUCGAAUGAUGAGCGAGAAGGAUGUCGGAAUGUUGGGCGGACAGGCUGGCACAUAGAUGGGAGCUUCAUGAGGGCGCCUUUUGCGUUUGCCCUCUAUCACAUGGUUUCUGUGCCCAAGAGUGGUAAUACAGAUUUCGUCCCACUGAAGGAUCUAGUGGAGAGUUUAAGUUUGGAGACACGGCAACGGUGGGAGCGACUAUGGAUGGUCAGCGACCGUCGUAGUAGUCUUAUCCAUCCUCUCAUCUAUCCCCAUCCCGUCACCAGGCAUCCAACACUGUGUUUCCACCUGGGAAUGACAGAAUCCUUUAUUUGGGACUUGGGAACGGAAAAGGCAAGAGAAACAGACAUGAAUGAAACAGUGCAGAUCCUGAAGGAAAUCCAUCGUGAAAUCACCAAGGAUAACCGACGACUUGUGUAUUCUCACAAGUGGGAAGUGGGCGACUUCAUCAUCUCGGACAACCUUUCUGUGGGUCACGAGGCUACUCCGGAGACACAACAUCCAAGGUCAGAGGUGGGACUGAGAGUCUUACAUCGAACAACGGUCAAGGGAACUCAUGAACCAAAGAAGUAGCCUGUCAAUAGUGUGUUCCCUUCACAUCUGAAUAUUUGAAGCUUACAAGUUGUUGAUGCUUUAUGUUUAUAUGUGCUUGUUUGCAACUCUGAUCUCAAUGUGCCAUAAACAGUGUAGGACUUGUAGCUGUGCAUACAAAAAUAGUACUUUCAUGGGUUUUUUAAGUCUGUCUUUUUAUGUUCUUGGUGCCAAAUUUCACAAGUUGAAUUCAAUUUCUCUUCUGUCAGAGACUUACCAGUACUUUUUUAGUUUCUGGAACAGUCUUUGAAAGAAGGUAAAUGAUGCAAUUAAGUAACACUUCAAUUAUCAUUAUACAAACAACUAUUUUUCUUUUUUUUGGUUUUGUGUUUAUUUCACUUGACAAAUGUAUAAUAAAUCGUUGAUGUUUAUGUUUUAUACAGAACAAACGGUUUGGGAGAGAAUAAUAAUUUUGUAUCCUGUUAGCAAAUGAUUGAGAGGCCAAAGGUAACAUAAUGAGUGUAUAUUGUAUUUGUUAUAACCCUUUUAUGAACCUUGUCUCUUUGUUGAUUGAUUUGUAGAUGGUCUGAAAAUUUGACAAAGUAUAUGAAAUGUUAUCUUGAUUACAUACAUCUUCAUGUGUUGAUCCUUGCUGGAUUGUUGUCACAAGACUAUGUUUGUGAAAGGAAUGUAUCUAUUACUGAUAGAAGUGGGACAUGUUUCAGCAGGUGGGGUAAAAUGGUUUACAUCAAGAUUAUUGCAUGUAUAUAGCUUAGGGUGGAUACCCAGUGUGACAGUGUACUGAUCCAACCAUGAUGCUGAGCAUCAGGCAGGGUAAAAACAAGUUCCAUCUCAUAGAACGAUCCUCUGUGUGUCUGCGUACGUGCGGGUGCAGGGGUGCGGGCACACACAUCCUUUUUGUGCUCAUAGUUUAUUAAAUGAUCAGUGAAAGUCCCGUGAAAAUGAAGUGUGCGCACGCACACACACACCUUUCUCAAGAGUGUGCACCCUCCUCAAAAGGCUGUAUCUGUAUCCGCCCCUGCCAUCUAUUGUCAAGACGAGCCUUCUUCCUACUUUGGACCUGGGACAGGGCUUGUUUGUUUUUGCAGUAGCAGUAUCAACAGGCUGGUCGACCCACCGAUAUAAUCCACUUUAUGACUCCCUUGGAACAUUGCUACAACUGUUGACUGCUAUUCAACACCACCCAGAGUAAUAUUCCACCUAUAUGAUAUCAGUAUUUAAUAAACUGAGGCUGGACUGCUCACGGAUUGAUAAUGAGCAGCAACACCUCUAUCAGGGAAGCUGACACACAGUUGUACAAUGAGCUACGGCUGCUGGGACCUGAGCUGACCCAGCAUCUCUACCGUACUGCAGCUGGGAACUAUGCCGUUCAGUGCUUGGCUCAUUUCUUCCACAAUAACACUUGUUGUUCUUGUUGAUGUAAUCAAUAAAGACACAAAUAAAUUGUUUAAUAAAUUA